AUGAGUUCCAUCGGCAGCGGAGCCUUGGACAGAAUCCUAUCGCAGGUUCGCGCCCUCACCAAUGCCAGGCGAACAGGGGGAAAGGAAAAGGCAGCGGCAGCGUCGGUAGUAGCGCUGGUGUACCUGGCGCUUGUCUUUCGGCAGGGGAAGCGACCGAAGCUCGUGUGCCGACGUUCUGGGCACAACGUACGCGUGCUGCGAGCUUUGGCAGGGGUGAUCGACCGGCCGUACUACCCGUCGUGGCUCACGCCCAACGCGCACGUGAACUGUCUGCUGGGGUACGCCAAGAGAGGCAUCACCGUCAGCAAAACCAGAGAGCUUAUUCGUUGUUGGGAUGGCGGGACCUUUGCGAUGGACUGGCGAAAUCGAGAUCGCGACCAGCCGGACCUCCCCGCCGAUGCCCCGACGCUGCUGGUCAUCCACGGGCUCAACGGCCACAGCGAAGAAGCGUGUGUGCUCUAUUCCAUGGAAAACGCGCACAAGAGGGGCUGGAGGGCGGUGGCAAUGAACCACCGAGGAUGCGGCGGCACUCACCUAGCGUCCGGCUGGACAUACAACGGAGCCUUCACCGGGGACGUUAGGCUGGCCGUCAGUCACGUCAGAAAUAGAUACCCAGAGGCGCCGUUGUACGCGAUCGGGUACUCCCUCGGGGCGAACCUGUUGGUCAAGUACCUCGGCGAGGAGGGGCGGAACGGCUUCCGUCCCCUAGCGGGGGCCGUGUCCGUGUCCAACCCCUGGAACUUCGAGGACAACACGAUGGCGAGCGGUCGGGCAAAGGGGCUCGUCGCCGCCGUGAUGGGGAAAGUGUAUUCCUGGGCCCUGGCCACCGGGGUGAAGGCGUCGAUGAAACCGCACGUCGACAACGAGUUCCUCCGGCGGCGAAAGGAUAUAGACUUCGCGGGGAGCUUUCGAGCCAUGACCCUCUGGGAGAUCGACUCCAAUGUAGUGGUGCCCAUGUGGGGCUACACGGACGCGGCGCACUACCACAGGGACGGCUCGAGCAGCCGUUACCUGGCGGACGUCCGGUGCCCUCUCCUGUGCAUCAACGCCGAGGAUGACCCCAUCUGCCAGACCGCCUUGUUCCCUUUGGAAGAGGCAAGGCGAAACCCUUGGGUGAUGUUCGUCAUCACCAAGGCCGGCGGGCACAUCGGCUUCGGAGAGGGUUUCAACCCCUGGGGAAGGCAAAGCUGGGCGGACAGGUUAAUCACUCGGUAUUUCCAUGCCCUGAUGGCGGAGCGGGCGAGGUGCGACGAGGAGGCGACCGCCGCCGCCUCCACCAGCAGCGGCACGGUUCCGGUUCCAGCCGGCAGCGAUCGGGCCGAGGGCACACGGGAAAUCGCGAGAAGACCACUGCCCCCGGCGGCGGUGGCGGCCUCGGCACGACUUUAAGGCCUGCUGCCAGGGGCCGGCGUGCGUAUGACACUCUCACGGUGGUGGGAAGUCGGCGGCUCAAACGGAGACCUUUUGUGUUUCCCCCCUGUUUUCACGCCCGUUGACGGAAUCGGGCGUUGAGAUGCGUCGUAUUUUCGGCUUGGUUAAGUCCAACGGUUGAAGGCGCGUAGCAUGGAAUUUUGGCUGGAAGGGCGACUCGGGAGGCAGUAGCACCCUCUGGGACAAGAGCUCCAAGUUGAUGUCUCCCCGUCACCUUGCUGGUUUCUUCUUUCUUCUGUGCCUGUGAAAAACAUCCCACUGUCAGCGAUACCGUGGUGCGUGUUUUGUCGAGACGGCGGCUCAAGAGCAAGCAGUCGGUGGGUGUUCGAGGUCGAACGAAGUGUGCAUCAGCUCUGUUGCUCCCUCCGUGUCCACCACGUUAGAUGGAGCGAUUGAUUGGUUGCGCUAUUAUAGUGUUGAGGAAUGAACGCAUCGGAGAAGUUUUUCCCCAAAGCCUGAUGGAUAAGCCGGUGUCUUCGUUAUUGUCGUCGUGACCGGGCGAUGAUUGUCUUGCUCUGUGUGCCGUCGAAAAUGCCACGACCGAAGGAAGGCGGUGUGAGGUGUCUGUCUGCUGCGCGCGCGCGUGUCUCGACUUUCGUGCGAUAGUAUCCGAUCGGUUCCUUGGCUUCGUCUAUAGGACGCGCUGUG